AUGCUUACAGUCACGCAGCCAGCGACGAGCUGGCUGCAGACCAGGGCAGAGGAGGAGAGGACCAAGCAGGAGGAGGAGAAGACGAGGCAGGAGGGUCUGCGUCUGGAGCAGAGGAAGAUCGAGGCCGACAUGCUGCGGACCUCGCUGGGAGGCGGCAUCCCACCGGCCAUGGUGCCUCUGGUGUUCGCCGGCAUGGGAGGAGGAAGCAGUGUCCUGUCGCACUCGGCCCUGGAAUGGGCGCAGCAGUUCCUGCCGACCUCUCUUGUGCAGAGCCAGCACCAGCUGCAGCUCAUGUCUGCCGGCCAGCAGCAGCAACAUCAGCCCCAGCAGCCCCAGCCGCAGGGACCCGUGUCGCCGCACCAUCAGAGGGACCCGUCGGCAUCCCACCACUACGCCGUGACGCCGGGUGCGUACGUGCCCGUGCAGCAGAAUCCCUCCUCGCCGACACGGUCGAGAGCGCAGACGAUCACCAGCCAGCAGGGACCACCGCCCGGUCCUCCGACCGCCCCGAGCAGCGCAGGUGCCGGUGCCGGUGCCGGUGCCGGUGCCACCCCGGUCAUCGUCGCCGCCCAUCCGCAGACGCAGACGCACGGUCAAGCUUCCCAGCAGCAUCAGCAACAGCAGCAAGAUCCGAGCCCAUCCAUCUACUUUCACCACUGGCAUCCUCCGACAACAUCGCAGUCCACUUCCGGGUCACACCGCCCCGGAUCCCCCUCUGGAUCAGGUCCCGGUCCCGGUCCCGGUCCCGGCGGUCCAAGGAGGGCACACAAGAGGCAACGGAGCGAAUUCACGUGGCCCUCGUCAGCCACUAGCGAUCGCACGACGGAAGGGACGACGACGGAUAGCGGACCUGUCGCCGCCGCCGGACCUUCUUCCGCGAUGGGCACGACGUCGAAUCCGCCUCACUCGCCGCUUCCUCACGUCGUCACUAGGGAGAGAUCGAGGAGCGAGGCUGGUGGUGCACAGGGUCAGGGUAGACAGUCUGUUUCCGCGCUGCUGAGUAGUGAACCUGCUGAGGGGGAGUGA